AUGGAUGCAAAUCACUCCAACCCCUUGGAGCCUCAGUCUUCUCCAGAGGCCCCCAGGCCUGGCCUGAACCCUGGCUCAAUCCCAGGGAGCAAGAACCUGCAGCAGGACCCCCCCAACAUGGUGGGAGACAAGUUGCCACCAAAGACUGGAGCAGUGGUCAUCGACAUGGGCACAGGCACCUGUAAGAUGGGUUUCGCAGGGCAGACUCGGCCCAUCUACACCGUGGCCACCAUCGUGGGCUGCCAGCCCCAGAAGCUGGCCACCACCGGGCAGCAAGUGCUGGAGACGUUCAUCGGCGAGGCCGCCCGCAUGCGCCCGGAGCUGACGCUGGUGCAGCCCGUUCGGAACGGCAUCUUGGUGGACUGGAACGCGGCUGAGCUCAUCUGGCGCCACGUACUUGAGCACGACCUCCGUGUGGCCACCCAGGACCACCCGCUGCUGUUCUCCGACCCGCCCUUCAGCCCCAGCACCAACCGUGAGAAGCUGGUCGAGGUGGUCUUCGAGUCUCUGCGCUCCCCCGCCAUGUACGUGGCUUCCCAGUCGGUGCUGUCCGUCUAUGCACACGGACAGGUCAGUGGGCUGGUGGUGGACACGGGCCACGGGGUCACCUACACAGUACCCGUCUUCCAGGGGUACAACCUGCCCCACGCCGCACAGCGCCUGGACCUGGCGGGAACCCACCUGACCGCCUUCCUGGCGGAGAUGCUGCUGGGCUCCGGCUUGCCCCUCGGGCAGCAGGACCUGGACACGGUGGAGAACAUUAAGCAUCGCUACUGCUACAUGGCUGCCGACUUGCUCAAGGAGCAGGCCCGGCCAGAGCAGGAAUACCAGCAGACCCUGAAGCUGCCUGAUGGGCAGACGGUAACACUGGGCAAAGAGCUGUUCCAGUGCCCGGAGCUGCUGUUCAGCCCCCCCGCGAUCCCAGGGCUGUCGCCUGUGGGGGUCCCUACCAUGACCACACAGAGUCUUCUCAAGGUGCCCCUGGAGGUGCAGGCGGAUGUGGCCCAGAACGUGCUGCUCUGCGGGGGCUCCUCACUCUUCCAGGGGUUCGAGGGCCGCUUCCGCACUGAGCUGUUGCACAGUCUGCCCCGUGAGGCCCACGUGGUGGUGAAGGCCCAGCCCAGCAGGAACUUCUCGGUGUGGAUCGGGGGCUCCAUCCUGGCCUCAUUGCGUGCCUUCCAGUCCUGCUGGGUCCUGCGGGAGGAGUACGAGGAGCAGGGGCCCCACAUCGUGUACCGCAAAUGCUACUGA